AUGGGCGUUCAUGUGGUUUCAAAGCUGGAUAACCGCCAGCAUGCGAGCUUCAACCUCGAAGCCACUACUCAGAAGGAACUAUCGGAUUCUUCAGUAAGAAUUCGCACGCAGCUGAUCAGCCUCACUUCAAACAAUUUGACCUACGCCCUAAUGGGUGGAUUCUUGCAUUGGUGGGACGCAUACCCCGUAUCCGAGUCCUAUCCCGCACCAUACAACGAUUCCUUGGCAUGGGGAAUCGUCCCAGCCUGGGGUUACGCAACAGUAGAAGAGACAACGAUCCCAGAACUACCCAAAGGAACCCUCCUCUACGGAUUCUGGCCUACAACCAGCACGCCAACCGACCUAGAACUCAAACGCGGCUCACCAAAAGACCAUUGGCUCGAGACCAGCGCUCAUCGCCAACAACUAAUGCCACUGUACAACCGCUACACGGUAACUCGGACAUCGAGCCCGAUCUCCGAUCUGACGCACGCACCCAACCUCCCAGAUCCCGCACGGGACGAGCUAGACCGCAUGGCCUGGACCGCGCUGUACAUAGGUGGGGUAGCCGGGUUCGUUCUUAGCGAAUACGUUUUCUCGUCCAACCCGAACCAACCUCCCAUCCAUCCACUGGGGAACCAGGCUGGGUUGCACUGGACCCUGUCCGACGGGGAAUUGUCGUCCGCGGUUGUAGUAAACCUUGCCGCGUCGACGAAAACGGCCCGUGUUUUCUCGUACUACGUGGCGCGGAAGCUGGGUGGUUCCGCGCCGCUGGGCUUGUUGCAGGUUACGUCGGCUGUGGCGUCCAUCGAGGAGGCGGAUCGGAAUUCACCUACUGAUGUUCCUUCUAAGGUGGUUGGGUAUGGGGGUGUUGGUUCUGAGGAGUGCGCGGAGUGGCUGGUUAGUCGCGGGCCUUCGAAGAUUGUUAUUGUCGACUUUGGUGGUCAGGGAAAUGCUCUCAAAGACACGCUUUCUUUGAUCAAGAAUCAUGCCGAGUUGCAAUCCUGCAAGGUUGUCAUUGUUCAGGUUGGUAAUGAGCAGAAAGUAUACUCGAUGGAGGAGAUAAUUGCUGGGAGAGCGGCGAUGGCGGAGCUUGGAAAGGUUCAAUACAACACUUCUGGUGUUCAAGACACGAUACUCGAGUCUGUCGACCCGGAAACCUAUUUCAAAACAAGAGGCGAGCAGUGGGAGAAAUGGCUGGAUGAUCGACACUUGAGCGUGCCGGGAAUGCAGAUUGUGUUUGGCAGUGGUGUCUCCGGUCCUAAUGGUAUCGAGGGAGGGUGGGAGAGACUGUGUCAUGGACAAGUAGGAGCUGAAGAGGGGUUGGUUUACAAGAUGCAGUGA